UUUGUUAGUUUCCCCAAAAUAUUAGCACUGCUGAUGGAAUAAAAAAGUUACUGAAGGUUAACGUGUAGAAUUAUUUAUUUAUAUGAAUUGCCGUAUAUAUAGAAUACCAGGAGCCCUUGAAUAUUGAAUUUUUUUGCAAAAACUCAACGGAUUUUUAUAGUUGUGUCACCACAAACAUAUUCAUCGUCGUAGUCGUCGUUGUUCGAGAGGGUCCGAGAAAAUCACUUUUUUGUAACUCAACGAGAUCUAGCGAUUGGGAAAACUUUUCUUCGUUGUGGAAGAGAAAUCCCAAGGCGAGUACAUUUAAAUCAAGAGGAAAACAUCAUCUUUGCGAAUUUAGCGAAACGAGCUCUGGAAAAGGAGAAGAAAAACGAAAUAGAAGAAGACCUUUUAGAGUAAGAAGAAACUGUUGAUUGAUUGAUUGCUGGCUUGCUUUUGUGGCAGAGUAACCAAUCAACCAUCAAUUCAUCCAUUCGUUGUCGUCGUUGUCGUCAAAAGCAACAACAACCACACAACAUCAGUAACUCUUUUCGCCUUUCAUAGACUUAACCCAAGAAGUUGUGCUGCUACUUCCUGGAAAUUAACUAUGAAUAAUCUAAAUAACACCGAUGACAUUGUGGAGUGCCCACUGUGCAUGGAGCCAUUGGAGGUUGAUGAUCUCAACUUCUUUCCCUGCACCUGUGGCUAUCAAAUAUGCAGAUUCUGCUGGCACAGAAUACGUACCGACGAAAAUCAGCUGUGUCCUGCAUGCCGCAAGGAAUAUCCUGAGAAUCCAGCUGAUUUCAAGCCACUUAGUCAGGAGGAAAUGGUUGCCUUUAAAUUCCAAAAACGCCAACGCGAUCAGAAGCGUAAGCAGGAAAUUACCGAAAAUCGUAAACAUCUGGCCAAUGUGAGAGUGGUGCAAAAGAAUUUGGUAUUCGUGGUGGGCUUGCCACCCAGGUUGGCGGAUGCUGAGAUCCUCAAGAAACAUGAGUAUUUUGGCAAAUAUGGUAAGAUUCAUAAGGUAGUUAUUAAUCCUAGCACAACGUACGCGGGAGUGCAGGGUCCCUCGGCUUCAGCCUAUGUGACUUAUGUGCACAAUCCGGACGCACUGAGGGCCAUACAGAGCGUUAACAACAUAACGAUUGAUGGCCGUUUAAUAAAAACUAGUUUGGGCACCACCAAGUACUGUAGCCAUUUCAUGAAGAAUCAACAAUGCCCCAAGAGCGAUUGUAUGUAUCUGCAUGAGUUGGGUGAUCCCGAAGCUAGUUUUACCAAGGAGGAAAUGCACCAAGGUAAACAUCAGGAUUAUGAGAAACGUUUACAUGAGGCGUUAAUAGCCACUGCGGGUAGUUCGACGACAGGAGGUGGUUUGGUGUCGACAACAACACCGUCGUCGUCAUCUGCAUCGUCCGGUGGUAUAUUAAGUGGUAAUGGCAAGUCGACAGAUUCCAACUACAAAUCGAGUGGUCUGGCUACCAGUAAAUCAGCCAAUGCCAUUAACAAUGGUCACGACAGUUCCGGUGGUGGUACAACGGCACCAGCGGUCAAUGGUGGCCAACAGUCCUCAUCGGAGGCAUGGCCUAGUUUAUUCGUGUGGCCGGUAAUUAAAAAGGAUGAAGCAAAUCCGGCGAAUGGUGGUCCCAAAAGUAAGAAAGAACGACAAAAACAGGAAAAGACGAAACCGGAGAAGAAUGGCAAAGCGAAAAACAAAAAUUCCAACUCAACCUCCAACAAUAACAACAACCACAACAAUAAUAGCAACAGUAAUACAAAUCCUGCAAGCAAAGAUCCCGUGGAGGCAACACACACUAACAACAGUAAAUCAGCAACAGCGGCAGUCGCGGAUAGUGACAAAACAAGAACAACAGAUAAAGAUCGGGAUCGAAAACAACAGCAGCAACAACAACAACAAAACAGUCACAGUACAUCCAAUAAUUCCCAAAAUCAAAGAAAAGAAGAACUACCAGCAAGAACCGAGACAGUCGAAACCAGCAAAACCAACUCCAAAACAAAAGCCGCCAGCACAGAUAGCAAUAACAGCAAAAGCCAGGCUACAAAUAGUGAACGAGACAGAUCUAAAAACGAAUGCAAACAGGAAUCAGCAACACCACCAACAACAACAACAGAGAACACCAUGUACGUUUCUAAUAGCAGUAAUAGCAGUCUUAGUAGUAGCAGCAGCAGUAGUAGUAGUACUAGCAAUAGCAGCAGUAGCAGUACCGCCAGCAAUGGAAAUCUAAGUUCGGAAACAACCACAACUCAACAGAUACUGAAAUCGAAUUCCGUAGAGGAGCCUCUGGCUAGUGCAACAGCAACAACAACAACAGCAGCGUCGCCACCCGCAACUACCAUCACAACAUCCGACUCCCUAGAAAAAUCGGCAACAUGUCCAUUCACAGAAAGCAUCGAGCGCACAGCUGCCAGUAUCCCAGAUAACUUUUCCGUUUUCGGCAAUAAAAACAAAUCGCCUUUGUAUAAUGGUAUAAAUUCUUCAAUAGAUGAAGGCGAUAAGAUCAAGAAUUCCAUUGAGAGUACACAAUCCGCGACACUUUUAAGCACAACUAUUUCCGAUGUGCCCAAGUUGAGUCUCUUCGAUGAUAGGAGUUUCUUUAGUUUAAAUCCUGACAAAAUCUCUCAGAUGCCUCCAUUGCAACAACAGCAACAACAUACCGCUUCAUUAUUAAACAACAAACUAUUGGAAGAUCCCCUUCUGACUGGCAGAACCAUGCCCAAUUUACCCGAUCUUAUUAAUGGCAUUGAUGGUUACCAGAGUAAUUUAAAUUGCAGUAAUGAUUGGGAGGAUGCUUUCAAAAGUGUCAUACUCAAAACGAAUAAACAAAUGGAGGAGAAGAUGCAACAACAACAGCAGUUGCAACAGCACCUCAAUAGCCAUCUUCAUCUGAAAACACAGGAAGAUUUACGAAAGUUACAGGAACUGCAGAAACGCAAUAUUUUAUUGAACUCCAUGCGUGUGUCACAGUUGGGAGGGCCACUGGGUCCCUUGGGAAGUGAUCUUGGACGACAUUCGCACUUUAUGGCCCAACAAAAUCCUUUAUUGCAGCAUCAACCGAAUCUGUCCUCUGAAAACCUAUUGCAAAAUUCCGCGCAGUUACCAUUCGAAACAAACAUGUCGAAAUUUUUCGAUUUUCACAAACAUCAGCAGCAACAAAAACUGCAGCAUUACGGUGGAGGUAUUGGAGGCCCUGCAGCUGGUGGUUUGGGGUCGCUAAGUGAUAAUUUCCACAUGAUGUCCCUGUUGGAAAACAAACCCUUGAAUUCCCAACUCUUGGAUCCAAAUUCGUUGCUUAACUCCCAUCUACAACAGCAGCAACAGAAACAAAAGCAACAGUUGUAUGGUAAAAUGGAUCCUAUGAUGCAUCAUCAGCAACAACUGCAGCAGCAACAGGCCCUCAAUAAGAACCUCUCCAACAUGCACGGGAACCAAAAUCACUUGAAAUCGCAAUAUUUACAGAAUUCCAAUGCGGACGAUGACUUAGGCUUUGAUCCAUUCAUUGAAACGCAAAAGGCUUUAGCUGAGCUCAUUGAAAAUGAGGAGGAACAGCAGCAACUGCAACAGCACAAUCAUGUGCCUACGUCACACUCCAAUCCAAUUGGUCCACCCAAACAACCGCAGACUCAACCGACACCGCCACAUCAACAAGAUCCCAUGCUGGAAUAUAUGCAAAGACUACGCAUGCCUCCGCCCGGCUUUAGCCAUCAUAAUAGCAAUUUAGGAGGUUAUGGAGGCAUGGAUCCACGAAUGCAUAGCAAUCAGAAUAGUAAAAUGUUGCCUUUUAUGAAUUUGCCUGGAACAAACAACGGCGGGGCUGGUAAUCCUCCACACAUGCCACCACAGCAACAACAAACACAUCCUUUACAAAUGCCCAAUCCCAAUGUUUGGAGCUCACACUUAGGCAAUAUGCAACAGCAGCAACAGCAGGGCAUGGGAUUGCGUCACGAUAACCUCGGACAACCACAAAAUAUGGCAAAUCAGAAGCCUGGCUAUGGCAGUGGUGGUGGCAGUGAUUGGACCGCCAUGGAUCCAGCCAUACUUUCAUUUAGACAGUUCUCUUUUCCCCAGCAGCAACAACAAAAUCAAAUGGGUCCCCCACAAAUGCCGCCACCACCACAGCAGCAGCAACAACAGCCACCACCUCAGGAUAUGUUCUUGCAACAUCUCAGCCAACAAGCUGCAGGUUUUGGCUUAGGUGGCGGACCACCAGGUGGUAAUGGUCAAAUGCCAAAUGGUCAACAUCAUAAUUCACAGGGUCAUCUAAAUGUUGAUGCUAGUGUCCAAGGUAUGCUGGAAUAUCUGAAAACCCAUCAAUUUGUUUAAUUUGAAAUACAACACACACAUACACACAAACGAUAUAUCAAAACAAUAAAGAAGAGAGAGUAUAACAAUGUAAUGGUGAUGAUGAAGAAGAACGGAUUGUUUUAUUUUAAUCUCUAUUAUAUAAAUAUAUUUAAUCAAACCCCCAAACAAACACACACACACACACACUCUUUAAUUGAAUUAUUACCGAAGCGAAAUUAACUUUUUGUCAAUAUUAUGUAAAACUAAUUAAUCAAUUUAAAUAAAAUUAUUCAAACAAAAAAUAUA